AUGUUUUUUUUUUAUUGGUAUGCUAAGCCACUCCAGACCCCUGAAACUAAAACAUAACUAACAAACUGCACAGAAAUUGUUGAAAUCAACUCCACGGCCUAAUUAAACCCCAGCUAACUCGAUUAAGCUUAAGGUAAAAAAUUCUGAACUUUCCCUUUAAUAUGGAUAUGAGUGUUUCAUAUGCUAAAUGCUUUAAAGUAAAAACCUGGAACUUUACGUUUUACAAUACUUGGGUAAUUUCAAUAACCUGGCAUUUAAGAAAUUGAUGAUUUAUCUUUAAAAACUUACCAUAAAAGUGUCGAUUAACAGAUUUAUAGUCAACUCUAUUCAAAAUGCACAACCUGUCCUGAGCUUCCAAAUAUUGCGCAUGCGCACUAGAGUCGCAAUUAAAAUUGUCCCCACUGCAUUGCCGUUGUCGUCAUCAUUAUGAGACACGAGCGAGUAUUGGAACAUUAAUAACACAUUCCAGAUUUCAAGCCCACCACUCAAUAUGGUAAACGUUCACAAAGGUGUCCUUGUUGAAUGCGACCCUGCUAUGAAGCAAUUCCUUCUGUAUCUGGAUGAGACCAUGGCCUUGGGGAAGAAGUUCAUCCUGAAGGACUUGGAUGACACGCACGUCUUUAUAACAACUGACGUGGUCCAGACGCUACAGGAGAGAGUGGGGAAGCUCAUCGACCAGAACUCCUUCACCAUCACACAAAAAUGACUGUUCUAGAAAAAGGACAACAGUUGUGUUUUGGUUUAAAAUUUAUAGUCAUGUUUUUCACGAUUUGUGCUAACAAUAAACCAUGCCGAAUACAAA